AUGGAUCCUGUUGCUUGCUUGUCACGGCACAGACUCUGCAGAUGCCCGCUAAACUGUCCUCUACCCACCUGGACUAAAGAAAGCUUCAUCUGGCAUCAUCUCCCACUGUGAAUUUUAAGAUACAAUGCCAUCUACUAUGGCUAUGUUGAAAAAUAUCUUCAUCCUUUGUCAAUUUCUUCCGUUAGUGAGGAACAUGAAUACUAUCUUCUUCCCUUGUGACACUGAUGUAAAUGCCACCACAGUAGACUGCUCUAGCAGACCACUCAAGCAUGUCCCCUUCAUCAAGUCUACUACUGUAGUGUCACUCGAUUUAAGUCAGACUAAGAUACAGCAAGUGUGGCAGCAUGCUUUAUCGGGUCUCCCAAACCUUCAAACUUUGAAAAUAAUGGGAAACUGUCAGCCAGGUCGCCUGAGAGCUUUGGAAGACCGCUCAUGCAAGAUGGAGAUCGACUACUAUGCCUUCAAGGAACUACUGAAUCUUCAAUCUUUAUAUCUGUCAGGAAAUAGUCUCACCACAAAAGACCUACCCUGGUUGCCUGAAAGUCUGAGGCUUCUCGACCUCCAGAAUAAUCACAUCUUCCAUAUUAUCCACCCUUUAAAAACUCCAUAUCUCGAAGAGCUCUAUCUCAGCAAGAAUUGCUUUUAUGCAAAUCCUUGCAAUCAGUCCUUUUACAUCAGUGAGAGAGUUUUCAAAGGGCUCCCAAAACUCACAAUUCUUACCUUAGGGUAUGAUAAUUUGACAGCUGUCCCUAGAGGGUUGCCACCGUCACUGAAGAGUCUGGAUUUAAGAGAGAAUACAAUCACAGAAGUUUUAGAAGGAGCAUUUGCCAACCUGACUGUCCUCAACAGAUUGAUUUUGGAGUGGAAUUGCCAGCGUUGUGACCAUGCAGCCAGGCCCUGCUUCCCAUGCCCACACAAUCUCCCUCUACAUCUACUUCCAAACUCAUUAUAUGCUGAGAAUAGCUCCAUCACCUUCCUAAGCUUAAGAGGAAACUCACUGAAAACAUUUCCAAAGGGUCUUUUCCAACCGUUGAAAAAUUUACAGAGAUUGGACCUCUCUGACAACCUUCUGGCAUAUGCGAUACAGAAUGGCACCUUCUUUGCAGAGCUGAGAGGCCUCACUUGGAUUAGCCUGAUCUAUAACUAUGAACCACUGAAGACCUUUCCUGAACUGAUCCUCUCCCCAGAUAUUGGCACUAUAUCUGGUCUAGAAUAUCUUCUCCUGAGUGGUAACUUUUUCCACACGCUUUCAAACCAGAGCCUUAACGUUCUGUCAAAACUUCAAAAUCUAAAGAAACUAGAACUGAGAAUGAACUUUAUCAAUACUUUUGACUUGAAAGCUCUGAAACAGAUACCAUCUCUCAUUGAUAUUAACCUUUCCCAAAACAUACUUAAUUUCCUGCCAUGCUGCUCGAGUCAGGAAAGCUGCCAGAACCAGAACUUGUAUACACAUAAUUAUCCUGACCAACUGCUUAUGCUAGAUGAUCGAGACAUCACAUCUGGAAGCCACAUCUCAGAAUCCAACCAGCUAAACAGGGUGGAAAUGCUGAAGGACAGUGUGUCACCGCCUUCAUCACUAUGGGACAAAUUCUGCCGUCAUAACCUGACAUUUGACCUGUCUCAAAAUGACAUUAUGUUUCUUAAAAAAGAGAUUUUUGUAGGGAUGGAAAAUGCUGUUUGUUUAGACCUUUCUUUCAAUUACAUGAGCCAGGCAUUGAAGGGUGGGGUGUUUGACAACCUGAGAAAUUUAGUUUUUCUUAAUUUGUCAUACAAUAGACUGGAUUUUUAUUAUAGAGAUGCCUUCAGUGAGCUCAAUACCACUCUGAAGGUAUUAGACGUUAGCAACAAUGAGUUCCACUUCAAGAUGAGGGGCAUGGGCCAUCGUUUAGAGUUCAUUAAAAAUCUGAGUAACCUGGAAGUCCUAAGUCUGGCAAACAAUGGCAUUGGGAUGCGAAUAGAUCAAAGACUGAUAAGCAGAUCAUUGAAAUACUUAUACUUUUAUGGAAAUAACCUGGACAUUAUGUGGGGAUCUGACAACAACAAGUACACUCAUUUCUUCCAGAACUUGUCAAACCUCAUCUAUCUGGACAUCUCUCACAAUGAUCUGACGUCAAUCUCACCGGAAGUGCUGUGUAAUCUCCCAGAAAGCAUUCAGAACCUUAGUAUUAGCAACAAUCAGCUGAACUAUUUCCCAUGGCAAAACAUCUCAGCUCUCAUUAAUUUACAACACCUGAACCUCAGUCAAAACCACUUCUCUUAUUUGCCUCCAAAAGUCAUAGAAUUUGGUGAAUAUUUUUAUCUCUUGGACCUCAGUCAUAAUCGCAUUAGUUUUAUUCCUGAGGAUUUCCUCAGUCAGGCGGACGUAUUGCAAUAUUUGUAUCUCAGCCACAAUCAGAUCAAAGAAUUGCACCAUCAGUUUCUCCCUGCCCCUUUUAAAAAUGGUAGUGCCCUCGUAAAACUCACUCUGCAUGCCAACCCCUUUAAAUGUGAUUGUGAUACAUCUUGGUUUGCAGACCUUUUGCGUACUACUUCAGUAGAGAUUCCCUACCUCACCACACAAAUUCACUGUGAAUACCCAGAGUCCCAGCAGGGCCAGAGUAUACUAUCUAUGGACCAGCGUUCCUGCCAGGAUAUAUAUGGAAGUUUAGCCUCCGUCAUUUGUUUCUUUUUGGUUGUGACAUUCACUGUUCUGCCACUACUGAAGCAUCUCUAUGGCUGGGAUCUAUGGUAUUGCUUACAGGUACUUUGGGCAGGACAUAAAGGCUACUCCCAGCUGGCAGGUGGCAAUUCACAUCAGCACUACGAUGCUUUUGUGGUGUUUGACACAAGCAACCAUGCUGUGAGGGACUGGGUCUACAAUGAAUUAACUGUCAAUCUGGAGAACGGAGGUCACAGGAGGUUUUGUCUCUGUUUGGAGGAGAGAGACUGGAUUCCUGGGCUUUCAUGUAUUGAAAAUCUACACAAUGCUGUGAACAGCAGUGUGAAAACAGUAUUUGUGCUGUCCAGUGGUGCUACUGGUAGUGAGACAGUGAAUGGUGUGAUCCGCCAGGCUUUCUUCAUGGUUCAGCAGCGGCUUCUGGAUGAGAAGGUGGAUGCAGCUGUGCUGAUUCUGUUGGAUGAGAUGUUUCCCAAACUGAAAUACCUUCAGCUGAGAAAAAGAUUGUGCAGAAAGUCUGUGUUGUCCUGGCCGAAAAACCCAAGGGCUCAACCCCUUUUCUGGAACAGAGUGAGAAUGGCAUUGUCGUUAGAUAACCUCAACUUUUAUGACACCAACAUGAGUGAAAGUUUUAUAUGACUACCUUUUUAAUGGCUGAUUGAGAGGACUUUGGUGUUAAGCCCUUGUCAUUAAGCAUAAAUAAUUCUACUUAUUUUUUUACAUAUUCCACUAUCUUCCAUGUAAAUAUUUAACUUUUUGGGAUUGUGUUCUGUUUUAUUUGACAGAUUUUAAUGUUGAUGCCUCACAUUUCCUCUCCUUUAUUUUGUUUUGUUUUCUCUUUUUAGUGAAUUAAUACUUGUAUUAAGAGAGCUUGGCUGGGUGGGAAUGUGCUGCUAUUGUGGGCUGCAAAGUUAUUUGAGACACUGUACAAUAUAAAUAGACACUGAGACUGAUAUUGGAUUAUACAAAUAAACUUCACUUGAUGUCUUUA